AUGCCAGAAAAAACGACCUGGGGUGCAUCGUGUGCGGCUAUUACUGUUUUAAUUCUUCUUGUUUAUUAUGGAACACGGUUUUGGCUAAAUCGUCGUAAUCUCCAUUUCGUCCCGGAGCUAUUAGACGGCUACGACAUCAAGAAUCUGCCUACCGUUUCUUUCGUUUUCACACAUCCCAACGAUGAAGCUUACUACUUCUCGCCGACUUUGGAGAUUCUGAAGGACUUCCGCAAAGCACGUCCAGAUCUCGAUGUUCAUGCACUGGUGCUGUCGAAGGGUAGGUACAGCGGCGAGGAGGACAACCGUGUCUUGGAAAUCCAGAGCAUAUGCAACAAGUACAACGUGCAGUGCACGAUUUUGGAUGAGCCUGACAUGCAGGUUGGACAGAAGAUGUGGGACAAGGACAAUGUGUCUGCCCUCAUCCAGAAAUUCCUGAAUCAGAACGAUUCUAAGGUUGUCAUCACGUUCGACAAGGACGCUGUGGACGGAGAACCCAACCACGUCAGCACAUACAACGCCGUUGCUGAAACGAAGAAGCAAAUGCCCGACCUGAGGAUCUGGACGCUUCGUAGCUACGGCUUCUUAACCAAAUUCCCGCUAUUUGCAUACCUGCAAGCUAUAUUUACCAGCCCCAUCGCCUGCGUACACACGAUUGGCCCGGCGUACCAGAACGUGAAGAUUCACAAAAGCGAGUGGUCUUGGACUACCAGCUUCGGUCUGUUUUUCAGCUCGUACAGCUAUGUCAACAUAUACAGCCGCAUGUGA